UUUGUUUGUUUAUAUAAAACGGGUCUCGCCGCCUUGGGCAAUGAUUUGGUUUCUCAGCGAAUGGAUUAAGGAGUAAGACGUCGGUAUUAGCGGAGUUGCGGGAAGGUGUUCGUUGCAUUGCUUGAUGGUUUGAGACGAACAGUUCUCUCCGCCGGACUGUCCAUUUGGCUUUAGCGCCAAGCUUCCGAAUAUUCUGCCAGGCGGUGAGAGUACGGUUUGUCCCGCACAUGCAUAGUAAAAAAAAAAAAAAAGUUGAGCGACCAUUCGGGGUCAGCAAAAGGCGGAGUGCGAGGAAGUGUUUUAUCCCUUCGAAACAAGCGUGCUAAGUAGGGCUUUUCAUCGCUCCUCCUUCUCCCCUGCCCGCCAUAUUCUUGCAAUAAUUUAAAUAUCAUCCCCGUAAAUUUUCAGCUUCGAAGUCCUGCGAGAUGUCUAUGAUAACAGCAACUACAUGGGUGCGCCGCGGUGUGGCUGCGCCAUUCCCAGAAAAAUAUGAAAUCGACGAAGAGGAGAUCAAUCGAAUAUCGGAGCUCGCGAAGCUUCAGCUCGAGGGUGCGAAGAUGGAUUUAAAACAAGCGCAGAAUAAAAAUGGCAAGGACGAGAUGGAAGUGGAAAAGGAAGGGGAAGAGGAGGUUGAAAAGAAUUCUGCAAAGUCAAGUGGGGAGGGAAAGGGAAAGGAGAAGACAAACGGUGAUGGCAAGAAAGGCGAUAGCAUCGAUGAUGACGAUCUGAAGGAAUACGACCUCGAUAAUUAUGACAGUGACCCUGUAGAUGAAGAUGGCGAAAAGGUCACCAUGUUCGGAAAUAUCAGGUCGCUUGCGUACCACCAACCUAACGAGGAGGAUCCAUAUCUAGUUGUCCCAGAGGGAGUUGACGAUGACGAGGACGACGAGAGAGAAGAGUUACAGAUUCUACCCACGGAUAAUCUUCUUCUGGCCGCUAAGGUGGAAGAUGAAGUCGCACACAUGGAAGUCUAUGUCUACGAAGACGAGGCAGAUAAUCUCUACGUACAUCACGAUGUCAUGUUGCCAGCAAUCCCAUUGUGCCUGGAGUGGUUGGAUAUACCCGUUGGCAGGAACUCAGAAAACAGAACGUACGGCAACUUUGUCGCAGUAGGCACGAUGGAGCCAGAUAUCGAAAUCUGGGACCUAGAUAUUGUGGACUGCAUGUAUCCAAAUGCCAUCCUAGGCCAAGGCGGCCAAGAGGAAAGCUCGGAGGCAGGCACGAAGAAGAAGAAGAAGACGACAAAGCCCAAGAAAGCGAAUGACGAGUACCAUGUGGACUCCGUCCUUGCUUUGGCAGCUAACAGACAGCAUCGCAACCUUCUCGCGUCCGCCUCAGCGGAUCAGACUGUCAAGCUAUGGGACCUGAAUACAACCAAAUGUGCAAAGUCUUAUACCAACCAUACCGAUAAAAUCUGUGCCUUGGACUGGCACCCGAAGGAAUCAACAGUCCUUUUAAGCGGGAGUUACGAUAGGACCGUUGUAGCUGCUGACAUGAGAACCCCAGACGCGAAGGCUGCUAGAUGGCGAGUUGAAAGCGACGUCGAGAACGUUCGAUGGGACCCACACGAUCCCAAUUUCUUCUAUGUCACCACCGACGGCGGGAUGGUGUACUGCCACGACGUCCGACAAGCGUCCGCCCAGCCAGAAAACCCAAAGGCAGUAUGGAUGCUACAAGCGCACGACUCAUCCGUUUCGUCCUUCGACAUCAACCCAACUAUACCUGGCUUCCUCGUUACUGGCUCGACUGACAAGCAAGUCAAGCUCUGGAACGUGCAGGAUAAUAAACCCAAUAUGGUUGUUUCGCGGAAACUUGAAGUUGGCAAGGUCUUCUCCACAACGUUUGCGCCAGAUCAGGAGGUUAGUUUCCGUCUUGCGGUUGCGGGGAGUAAAGGGGUGGUGCAGAUCUGGGAUACGUCUACGAAUGCAGCUGUGCGCAGAGCUUUUUCUGCGCGCUUGGGGCCCUCAGCGGGGGAGGAAGUUAAGGAACGGAUGAUUGGCAUAUCACAGAAUGACAGUGAUUCUGAUGAUUCCGAUGCGGCUGAGGGGGGUGGGGAGAUGGGUCAAGAUGGAUGGGAAUCCAUGGAUGAGGAUUAAGAUCUUUUUUAUAUAUAAUUUGUUUCCUUUAUCACCCUUCCUCGGGUUAUUUACUGCCUUUACCACGGAGCAUUUUACGGAGUUCAUCUGGAUAUAUACAAUUUUAAAAUUGCGAUUGCAAUGAAAAGAAAAGAAAUAGUUACACGAUUUGAUUAGCCCCUUUUUCUUUUACAUUUUCAUCUCAAUCUUCUGCGCGCGCACAUCUCCUAGAUUGUUCUUCCACUCCAAAUGAAGGAACAAUGCCAAAAGUCAAAAGAUUCUUGAAGCUCUUGCUUCUAUGUUCUUGGAUAAACCACUUCCCACAAUAUUCCCUUCCUUUGACUGCAUUUCAAAGAACCUUGGAACAACGCCAAUUGCUAUAGCAACUCAACCACUAUUUGUUCCGUACACAGGUCCUUUCAAAAUGUUUAUUUGUCCUACCACCUCCAGCGCCCUUAUCUUUAUUCCAUUAUUGAAUUCAUCCCAUGUCCCUCAACAAUCUAACCAGUUCUUUUUUUUUUUCCCCCCCCCCCCCCCCCCCAUUAUGCCAGCUGCAAAGUAACUAUCAUACUGGCAAGUACCUAAUGUUACAUUACCGCCAUUUGCACUGCUCUAGACAAGCAAAGCAACAACUGUGUCACAAUGAAGUCUAUAUAGAAUGAACAUGAUGCAAUGAUCCAGGCAAAUGAUUGACCCAAGCUUUAAAACAUAUUUACUGUGUUUCUCAUGGAACCAGAGCUGGGCCUGCAUGCAUAUACAUGUAUAUUGAGUAGAUCAUCCCAGUGAUCAGUGCAGACAGGCUGACUGCUAGCAAUUAGCUUAUCAGAGAGAAACAACAAGAUUCAGAACAGAAGAGAUGAGUAUGAUUUCUUCUUUACUUUCUAAAGUUCUAUGAAUGUUCAUUCACCUGGACUUGAAGUGUCUAUUUUAAAGCUUGAUAUGUACAGUGUAUGUCU